AUGCUCUCCGCCGUACCACAGCAACUCACCCUAGACCGAGCCCAAAAUCGUGUUGAUGCUUGGAUUGAGGACAUGUUGAUUGCACAUUGUUUGCCAGUAAAUGAUCGCAGUUUCUACGUUCACACGUCACUGCAGCCUAAACCUAUAAGUCCUUCACCUACGACGCACUCCCACUUAUCUUCUCUACCUUCCGCAACACAUCCGCCUAGUCGACGCGGCAAGAGAAAGAGAUUUCGAAGUAAGGAACCGGAUAGAGAUCCCGCUUCGCCUGUGCCUCCUCCGUCUCCUCUAAAUAAAGCUACACAGUGGCUUGGAAGGGCCCGCCGCAAGCAGUCUAGAUAUAUUCCUCCUAUGACACGCGCAGCUUCUGCAGCAUUGCCCCGAGCAGGACCGAGUCAAGAUCGUCAAGCAGAACCGAGCCAGAAUCCUCAGACAGAACCCAGUCGAGAUCAGGCAGAAUCGAGUCGGGAUCCUCAAGCGGAACCGAGUCAGGGCCCUCAAACAGAACUCAGUGGAAAUCAGGCAGAACUAGGGCAGGAUCCUGUAACGGAAGAGCAUGGGACGAGCAGCUCGCUUUUCAACCAAGUUCAUCUUCCACCCCCGUUCGACUCGACCGUUGUGUCCCAUUUUGAUGCCAAUGCCACCUUUGUCUCAAGACCCAAGCCCCCGCCGGAAUCCACUGCUGGGCAAUCAGAGAUCACUGCUAAGCAAUCACACGGAACCAAUCAAGAAUCGCGGCCCCGCACAAAGGGUUCAAAUGUGAGAUCGAAGAGCCCUGUCAAUUCAAUGGCGGAUUUGGCUUUUGCAGAUAAAGAGAUUCAAGCCAAGGAAAUCGGCGACACAUUGCCUGAGGACGUGAGAGAACUGCACGAGAGACUGAAGGUCUUGAAUAUUGGCGAGGGAAUCAUGCCAUCGCUUAUCAUGGAUGAAAUCACUAUCGCUGCAGGAAACAGGGAACUCUUGCGACCUUUCAUGUUUGACGAUGGAAUAGCAGAAGAGCUUAAUACGAGGGAGCAACUGCUGUAUGAGCUGAAAGAGCUUGGCCAGAUUCGAGAUGAGUCUCGAGAGUGUGCAGAGGGAUUUUCUCCCGAGCCAGCUUGGAACGAGGCAGUGCACUACCCGAUCUUGAGUCUCAUCCUUGUGCAACGGCUGAUAUUGUCCAGCACCACUGCCCGCGUCGUGCGGAGCCUGGUUCCGCGUCACGUCAGCGGAGAUAUUAUCGAGUCGAAAAUUGUCGAUUAUACCAUCAACCUUCAACCAACCGAUGAGAUGAGACAGAUGAUCCUGCGCCUGCUAGAAAGUCAACCUUAUGAUCUUCAGACCAUCAACCAGACCAUGUCCAACCAUGUUCGGUAUCUACCGAUUGCGGUCAGCAUCGAGACUAAGACGCUUGAUGCUCCGGAGCAGGAGGCAAAGGUGCAGUUAGGGAUGUGGGUGGCGGCACAUUUUAACCGCCUGCGCCUGCUCUCUGACCAAACUACGGUCUUGCCGACACUUCCGCUUCUGUAUAUCUCCGGCAAAUGGUGGUAUCUGCUCUUUGCCUGCGAUUGCCCUCAGCGUAUUGAACUGCUUGGGGAGCUUCUCAUUGGAGAUACGAAAUCUGUAGUGGGUUGUUACAAGUUGCUUGCUGCCCUUCGCUGCCUCGCGGAAUGGGUGACGACGACCUUCAGAGAGUGGCUGGAAGUGAAUGUGCUUCAACCCAACGCCAUGUCAAGCACCAUCCAUGAGAUAUUUGCGUCCAAUGCCAAGCGGUUUCCAGAGAGGGAAUGUGUAGUUGAAACCAGAGGGUCGCGAACCGUGCAGCGCACCUUCACGUACCGCCAGAUCAAUGAGAGCUCCAAUCAGUUGGCACACCACUUCUUGACUCACGGGUGCGAAGUGGGAGAUGUUGUCACGAUAUAUGCUUAUAGAGGGGUUGACCUUGUCGUUGCCUAUAUGGGUGCUCUUAAGGCGGGCGCGACUGUUAGUGUGCUGGAUCCCCAGUACCCCCCCGAGCGCCAGAAAAUUCUCUUGGAUGUUGCGCGCCCGAGAUUCCUCGUCUGCAUUCAGAGGGCUAAUGAGGAGUUCGGCAAGCCUUCUGAUAUUGUCAUGGACUUCGUGGCGAACAAUCUGAGCAUCAAGACGACUGUUCCAGCUCUAGAGCUUUCCGACCGUGGGGAGCUCAGGGGCGGCAACGUGAACGGCUCAGAUUGUCUCCAGGCCCAAGUCGAUGACAAGGAGGACAUCUCCGGUGUCUUGGUCGGCCCUGAUUCUGUUCCCACUCUGAGUUUUACGAGCGGAUCCGAGGGCAGGCCAAAGGGUGUCCAAGGACGCCAUUUUUCAUUGACAUAUUAUUUCCCUUGGAUGGCAGAGAGAUUCGGUCUGUCGGAAGAGGAUAAGUUCACCAUGCUAUCCGGCAUUGCUCAUGAUCCCAUUCAACGAGAUAUUUUCACCCCGCUUUUCCUAGGCGCCAAAUUGGUUAUCCCUCCGGCCGAUGUCAUCACGUACGAACUGCUUGCGGAGUGGAUGAAAGAGCAUAGCGUGACGGUGACACAUCUGACUCCUGCCAUGGGUCAGAUUCUUGUCGGCGGCGCCACCAUUCAAUUCCCUUCGCUUCGAAAUGCCUUCUUCGUUGGUGAUCUCCUGAUUAAGAAAGACUGCAGAAAGCUGCGCGACCUUGCACCUAAUGCCACCGUUAUAAACCUCUAUGGGUCGACCGAGACGCAGCGUGCUGUGUCUUUCUUCGAGGUGCCGAGCAAGGCUCGCGACCCAGCCUUUCUGGAACAUCUGCCGGAUGUCAUUCCGGUUGGCCAAGGAAUGCUGGAUGUCCAACUCUUAGUCGUCGAUCGAGACGACGUGACCAGGCUCUGUGGGAUAGGGGAGCAAGGGGAGCUCUUCCUUCGAGCAGGGGGACUUGCGGAAGGAUAUCUCGGGGACGACGAUAAGACGGCGGAACUCAACAAGUCUAAGUUUCUGCCCAACUGGUUCGUCGAUCCCGCCAAAUGGAUGCAGCAAUACGCCCAGCAGGAUGCUUUGGGAGCGCAUGAGGCAUGGAGAAAGCUUUACAAGGGACCACGAGAUCGCAUAUAUCGAACCGGUGAUCUUGGUCGACUCCGUCCUGAUGGAAGCGUCGAGUGCCUCGGCCGGGUUGAUUUGCAGGUGAAGAUCCGAGGCUUUCGAAUCGAGCUGGGGGAGAUCGACAUGUACCUGUCACAGCACCCGUUCGUGCGCGAGAAUGUCACUACAGUUCGAAGAGACAAGAACGAGGAGCAAACACUUGUCACCUAUUUUGUCCCCGAGACCAAACGCUGGUUUCAAUACAUCCAGCAGCUGGAAGGGGGGAAAAAGAUCGAGCCGGACUUGGGAGAUGAGUCGAUGUCUGCCAUGCUGAGACGGUUCAAGUCGCUGUCCGAAGAUUGCAAGAAGUUUCUGGCCACCAAGGUUCCCAAAUACGCCCUCCCCAGCAUCUUGAUUCCUCUGGCUCGGAUGCCCUUGAACCCGAAUGGCAAGAUUGACCGGCCUGCACUUCCCUUCCCCGACGCGUCGGAUCUGGCUCUCCUGUCCCGGAGGAGAAGUUCAUCCGCGGUUGCCAAUAUGACCGACACUCAGGCUCGACUAGCUAAGAUAUGGGCAUCAAUCCUGCCCAACCGCACCGCACGAAUGUUCGUACCGGAUUCCAACUUCUUUGAUGAAGGCGGCCACUCCAUCCUUGCACAACAGCUGUUUUUCCACCUUAGGAGAGAAUGGAAGGGCAUCGACUUACCCAUGGGGGUAAUAUUCCAGUCCCAGACGCUCCAUGCCCUUGCCGCAGAGAUCGAUCGUGCACAAGACCCUAUUGGUCUCCGCCUCGACGCAAUGCCCCUUCCCGGAGACGGGGCCGUUGAGGAUGAGGCCUACGCGGCAGAUGCGAGGGAUCUUGUGCGUCACCUUCCCCAGUCCGUGCAGGGGCCCACAAGAGAAUUGGACUAUACAAGUACGUCUUCUACUGUGUUCCUAACCGGCGCCACAGGUUUCCUAGGCUCAUAUAUCCUGCACGAACUCCUUGAGGGUCGUACCAGGGCGCGUGUCAUAGCACACGUGCGUGCCAAGGACGCAGCAGCAGGCCUCGCUCGACUCGAGACCAUAACCAAGGCAUAUGGGCUCUGGUCCCCAAGUUGGACACAUACUUCCAGGCUCGAGGUCGUGGCUGGGGACAUCUCCAAGCCCCAGCUGGGUCUGUCUCAGGAGAUCUGGGAUCGCCUCGCCGAUGAAGUUGACGUCGUCGUCCACAACGGUGCCCAGGUAAAUUGGAUGUUGCCAUAUUCGAGCUUGCGGGCGGCCAACGUGCUGAGCACAUUGGCUUGCAUCCGACUCUGCACCACCAGGAAGCCCAAGCGGCUGACAUUCGUCAGCUCCACCUCAACGCUGGACAACGAAUACUAUAUCCAGCUCACGCGAAAGGUUGGAACUGCCGUGCUGGAGGCGGACGAUCUGGAAGGUAGUCGCAAGGGUCUGGCCACUGGGUAUGGGCAGUCCAAAUGGGCAAGCGAGUUUCUCGUGCGUGAGGCUGGACGGCGUGGCAUGGUGGGCGCGAUCGUUCGCCCGGGGUACAUCACGGGGGAUCCGCGAUCCGGCACCUCGGUAACGGACGACUUUUUGGUUCGACUGUGGAAAGGGUGUUUGCAGGUCGGGGCGCGUCCGGACAUUGCCAACACGCUCAACGCCGUCCCCGUCACACAGGUCAGCCGCAUUGUUGUUGCUGCGGCGUUCCAUCUCCCUGCUGCUCUCGGGCAGUCCCUCGGCGUUGCUCAGGUGACUAGCCAUCCGCGCCUGACGCUGAAUGAGUGGAUGGGUGCUCUGGAGUCGUACGGGUACCGCGUGCCGAUGGUAUCGUACCAGGACUGGUGCACGAGGGUCAACGAAUACGUCAGUAGCGACAACGACGCCAACAAGGAGCAGUUUGCGCUGCUCCCACUGUUCCACUUCGUGGUGGGAGACCUGCCCGCGGACACCGUUGCUCCUGAGCUAGACGAUGCAAACGCUGCGGCCGCGCUGAGGCACUACGACGUCACGGAAGUAGACACACCGGGUCAACCGGGUCAAAAAGAUCCUCUCGCUGCCAAUUCGGUAGGUGUGCAGACUCUGGGCAUGUACCUGGCAUACCUCGUUGCCGUGAGCUUCCAACCUGCGCCCCCGUUGAAGGGCGAGUUCAAGUUGCCGAUUCGGGAUGGGGCGAGGGUUCGGACAUUGGCGGCUGGCCACCUUGGUGGCAGGUCUGCAAGGCCGUGA